AUGAAGAUUCCGGCCGCCGUUUUCCUUCCUCUCUUCCUCUUCCUCUUCCUCUUCCUGCUGUUGCUGGCGCCGGCGGCGCCGGCGGCGGGUUCUCUGCGUCCCUUCUUUGACCACCGGCGGAGCUCCGCGCCGGAGCACCUCCCCUGGGACCUCGACCUCGACGACUUGGCCGCUGUCUUCCACGCCGUCCGCGUUGACUGGAUGGAGACUGCCGCUGCCCACAUCGUCACGGUCGACGUUCCCGGCGAGUUGACCCCACCCCACCCCCUCCGAUAACAUCGGAAGAUAGAGCUGGAGCUGAAGAUAAGUCGACGACUUUUAUUUAUUUCCUUUUUAUGGGUGGCGCAGGUUUUAAGAAAGAGGAGCUGAAGGUGGAGCUGGAGGAGGAGGGCGGCGUGCUGAAAGUGGCCGGGGAGAGGAGGCGAGAGGCGGAGAGGAAGGAAGGAGGAGGAUGGCACUGUGCCGAACGGGCACACGGCAAGUUCUGGCGGCGGCUUCGGAUGCCGGAGAACGCCGACGUGGCGUUGGCGAGGGCCACGCUGGACAACGGGGUGCUGACCAUCGCCCUCUCGAAGCUCCCCCCCCAGCAGAUCAAGCACCCCUGCGCCGUCCACGUCAGCGAGGAGAAAGCAGCAGCGGCGGUGGAGAGGAAGAAGGUCGAACUCUAG